UCUUUUUCUUUUCUCAAACGAACUGUGGAAAGGGGAAAAGGAAAGGGGGAAAAGGCCGAAACAGGCGACAGAAAUGGCGACCGAGAAGCGCCGGCGGCGACACUCACCGUCGGCCUCCACGCCCAGCGCCUCGCCGACGUCCUCCUCAAAUCCAGAAGCCUCUAUAUUGCACUCACCUUCCCCUCCGCUGGACCUCAUCCCCGACAUCACCUCGCGCCUGACCUCCCUCGAGGACUUCUUCGCCCUGCGCGCCUCCUGCCGCGCCUACCGCGCCGUCCUCCCGCCGUCCCGCGGGGCCCUCGCCUGCCAGUCCCCGCUCCUCCUCGUCGCCCUUUUCCCCUCCUUCUCCGAGGCGUUAUUCCACCUCUCGCUCCGCCGCCUCCACCGCUUCCGCCUCCCCUGGGGCCAUCACCUGCCCCCCUCCCGCCGCACCCUCCACUACGCGCACGGGUACCUCGUCACCGCGACCACCGCGUCCUCCCACUACCCCCCGAGGCUCCUGCUCCUCCACCUCUUCUCCGGUGAGCAGCUCCGCCUCCCCAAGGUCCCCGCGCCGUUCACCCGCGUCAUCAUCUCCGACGACCUGGCUGCCGUCCUCUUCCUGCCCGGCAGGGCCAACGUCCAGCACUGCCACCCUGGGGACGCGCUCUGGCGCGUGGCUACCGCGGGCGCGCCCCACGUUGUUGACGAUAUGCUCUUCGUCGAUGGCACCCUCUACGCCCUGGUAAAUGGCCUCCGUCUUGCCACAGUCGAACUGUCUGAUAGUUUGCUGGAACUGUCGAUUCUAGGAGAGGAGGUGGAUGACGACAGCAAGCCGGUGGGAGGACAGUUCACGCUCGGCGAGUGCGGUGGUGAUGUGUUGCUCAUCAGUCAGGAUCACACGGAGAUGAUGAUGUACCAUGUUUAUCGGUGGGUGUUUGAGGUGGGGAAGUGGGUUUCAAUCACGAGCUUAGGCGGGCGGACUCUGUUUCUUGGUUUCUUCGGAUUUGCAGCCUGUAUUGGUCCAGAUUACCCAGGAAUCCGAGGGGAUUGCUUAUAUGCAGCUGGGCCGCGCUUGGGUGAAUGGCAUGAGUACUCCUUGGCUGAUGGAACUUGUGAUGUUCGCUAUGCUGAUUAUCCAGGUGCACCACCCCUGAACAACAAUUCACCUAUCAGACCUCCAGUCUGGGUCUUCCCCAGCCUGUGUUGAUGCUGGUUGUGAAUUCUUUCCAAUCAUGUAGAAUAUCUGACUCUGACUUGAAAUAAGUCAUGGUUUGCUUGAUUUCUGAGGCUGCUAUUUCUUAAUUUCGUUUCUGUAAACAAUAUGUUAUUCAGCAAUGAGUAUUGAAACACAGCAUGUUACCAGUUAUUUGUUAUGUUGAUUGGGGUAUAGAAUACA